AUGAAGAGUUACACUUCCAGAUGGAGAGCGUAUCAUGAUACGGCCUAUUCUUCCAACAGACAAGCAAAUAUCGAAACUGGGCAGAUAUCUCAACAUUCUCUUUCCCUUCGCUUCUAUUCCGUUAUUACCCACGUUCAAGACUCCUCUCUCGAUUAUCUCUGCACAGUGAAUUUCGAUACUCAUUUCGCGAUCGGGGUUUUGAUCAAUGAGAACGGAAAGUGGCAUGGAGUUGCAUCCGGUCGCUUCAUUCAAGACGAUUUAUGUCUUGAAGAAGCGGAAUGGGCUGCUUUGGUGGUGGAUAGCAAGCAUGGCCAUAAAAUCGGUUCUUGUAUUCUGUAUUAUUUAAGUGUCAUGGCUCAACAUUAUGGCAUUAAUCGCCUGAUGGCGCUGGUUCAUCCUGAAAACUAUUGUGUGUUGCACUGGAUGAAGAAUUAUUACUGGGUGUUUAGUACUCCGAUUUACCCCGCGUGGAUCGCUUCAGAAGAAGCGAGAGAGAGUUUAGAAAAAGCGGCGAGAGGACAAAGCGAGACUUCGGAAGAGAUACGUGAGCAGCUGAGGAAAGAUGUGCAAAAUUUGGCGCAGUAUAAAAAGUCAACAAAGGACCAGCAAAGCUACUUGAAUUCGAGGAAGAAAGUGUAA